UCUAGAGAGAGAAACUGUUUUGAAAAAUGGUUUUUAUUUAAUUUAUUUUUUAAUUUUAGAGAGAGAAAAUGAGAAUGCUAAAUGCUUGUGAGUGACUGAGCUCUGGGAAGAGGAAGAGUAUUUCACAAGCUCACUGCCUUUGCUGAUUUUGAGGCAUCACAGAGAGAGAAAGAGAAAGAGAGAGAAAUUGCUGAACAAGUUUCAGUCAUACCCAUUGAUUUUUCUCAAUUUCUUCUUCUUCUUUCUGCAUUUUGGAUCUCUUUUUUCUCUCUUUGUUCGUAUAAUCUGCUUCCGAACCGGAGGAAAUUUCUUUUACAGGAAACAAGCUUGGCCAUUGCCAGAGACAAGCAUUUGCAGUGUUUGACGAAAAAGCUGAGGAACAGGAACAGAUUGAUUCAUAGAGAGAAAUCAGUUCCUCUUUUACAUCAGCUAUAACAAUGGCUGAUUCUGGUUCUGAGUUGUGUCCUGUUCAGUCUGUUGUUCUGGAGCACAAAUCCAAAAGCAGCUCCUUUUUCAGUGCCCCUGGUCUCUUUGUUGGCUUAAAUUUCAAAGUGGUUUCAGAUUCCGAUUCAGUCAAAAGUCCCACCUCUCCUUUAGAACUUAGGGUGUUUUCAAAUCUUAGCAACUCUGUGGGGUCCCCUAAAUCAUCCCAUGAUGGACAUAGAAGAAGCUGGGAUUGUAGUAAAGUAGGAUUAGGCAUUGUUGAUUCUCUUGAUGAUGAUAAUAAGCUACCUGGUAAAGCUCUUGGAUCAUUUGAGAGUAAGAACAUCAUUUUUGGACCUCAAGUUAGAACGAAGAAUCAGACCCCAAAUCUUCAAAUUGACACAGUUUUCCCCCUGGCUGGUCCUAGAUCUUUGCCUAAAAAUUGUCCCAACUUUUUCCCAUUGCAGUUCAAAUCACCAGGCGGUGGUAGCAGCUCGGAGGUUUUCUUUGAAAUUGGAGAACCAUUAGAAUCCAAACCUUCAAAGAAGAGUGGGCCAUGUUCCUUGGACUCGCCUCGGUUUGUUUCAGCAUCUUAUGGUGUAAAAGGCCGUAGCUUCUUCCAUUCUACGAAUCCAUUUAUGAAGAAAGUGACAACGAAUGGCGAUUCUGAGCCUCAUGAUAAAAUUUUGCCUGCUGAUAUUUCAACCCCAGCAUCUGUAACAAUGCCUGUUAGCGGGAUCAUUGAGUCUCUUUCCGCAAGCGAAAUCGAGCUCUCCGAGGAUUAUACCCGUGUAAUAUCUCACGGUGUCAAUCCAAAAACCACUCACAUUUUUGGUGACUGCAUUUUAGAAUGUCACUCUAAGGGUUUGAACAACUUGAACAAGAAUGAGAUGAAUGAGAUAGAAUCUCCUCUAUCAGUUAGAAGCAGCUUGGACAUUCCUUUUUCAUCUCAACCAAUUGAUUUUCUGAGUUUUUGUUACUUUUGUAACAAGAAACUUGAAAGUGGGAAAGACAUAUACAUUUACAGGGGUGAGAAAGCAUUCUGCAGCUCCGACUGCCGCUAUCAGGAGAUCAUGAUUGAAGAAGAACUCGAAAAACCUGUUAGCGAAAUUUUGGAACAUUCUUCAACAUCUGGAGAUGGCAAAGAAGAGUUUGAAACUCAUGGCACCAUUUUUGAAUAAAACAGGUCGGCGGCCACGGUACUGAUCGUGACGGGUGAAAUUGUGGAAGCAAAUGCUGUGCGGUCGUCUGUUAACAGAAGAGCUGUUCUCAUGGCAGCCAUGGAUGAUCCUCUGUACAUUGAUGAUGCAUUUGUUUGAUUUGGAUUUCACUUACAGACUUGUCUGUUUUUCUUUUUUCUUUUUCUGAAAUUCACAUAAAUUUGGCAAUUUCAUUGUCAAGCCAAGCUAGUAUUUGCCUUGUAGAAGAGUUCAUAGGGUAGAAGCCUGCUUUUAUGGCUCCCCAAUCUUCUAAUUUUCCUGGCUUGUAUCUUUUUAAUGGCCAGAUAUGAUAUACUGAAAAAGACUGAGCAACAUUUUUCUUUUCCCUCCAAAUUAAAACACAAAUAGUUGGCAAUGUAUAAAACUCUCCCAAAUUGUUGAUCA